AUGAGCAUUCCAAAAGAAAGACUUUUAAAAUUAGCAGAGAUAUCGGCGAAGAUAUUCGAUCAAAAUUUCAAUCCUUCAGGAAUGAGAACCGGUAGCAAAGUACUAUCUAGGAGACUGAAAGGUCCAUCGGUCGCUUCAUAUUACGGUAAUCCUGAUUUUAUAAAGUUCAAAAACUUAAAAACAUUAUUCCCUGAAAGUGAAUUUAUAGAUGAAGAAGAACAAUACAGAUUAUCUAAGGUGGAAGGACUGAAACGUCGUGGUAAAGGUGCACCAAAGAAAACUAAAAAGGGCACAGCUAGCGGUAAAUCAAAAAAGAAAUAG